AUGUUCAAAGAAGCAGUAAUUGCUAAUGAACGUAUACCGGAGGAAUCUCGAAAUCCCGCACUCUUCAUAGCUCCGCUCAAAUUACAUAUCACUGUGUGUGUUCUAUGGCUUUUUGACGAGGAAGAGGAGAAGAAAGCGGCUGACAUCAUCAAAGGAUGUCGCGAAGAGAUUAUCGCCGCUUUGCCGAAAAUUCCGUUUGAGGCCGAAGUGAAUGGUGUUGAAACUUUUGAAGAUGAUCCGAGCAAUGUCAAAGUUAUUUAUGGAGGAAUCCACUCACCAAUGUGAGU